ACUUAUAAGUAUUUUUCUGUUUGACAAUAUAUUAAUUUAGUUGAUAAUUGCGUGCGUCGGGAGGUUGGUGGUGUGUUAUUUGUUUUUUAAAUAAAUUGUUGCAUUACCUAGAAAUUUGUAAUUGAUGUUAACAAUUUUUUUGUAAUUAAAUGAAUAAUUGACACUUUACAUUUGUCUAAAUUUAAUUAUUGUUAAAGAAUAUUAAGGCAUUACAAUUGAUUUUUCUUUAAUUAAAUAAGUACAUCAAGUUAUUUAACAUUAGAAAAAAAUUGUAUCAAUCACACACGGAAGUGUUUGCGUUUGUAAGAAAAAAAAAACCCAACGUAGUAACAAAGAAAUUCUGAACAUGGAAUUUCAAAACGCAAAUUUAAUUACUAAAACUGAGACAGAAUUAAAUGAUAAACAAUCUAAUCAUUAUAAUAAUAAUACACAAAAUGCGUCGUUGAUCAGUCCCGCUGCUACAACAAUAUCCACUGAUACGUCACAGAAACAAAAACCACCGAAAUUACAAAAACAAGCAAUGUCCGCUGCUGAACGAAAAGCAACAGAAAAAUCUCUAGUCAUAUUGGCUGCAAUAUUUUUAACAAGCUUAAUAGCAAUGUGCUACGUUUGCAUGAUAUUUCCUAAGUUAGAUGAGUCAGAAAAGGCGCAUAUUAAAAUACCACGUGAUAUACAAGAUGCUAAAAUGCUGGCAAAAGUACUGGAUCGCUACAAGGACAUGUAUUAUUUCGAAGUUAUGUUUGGAGUGGUCGUCGCCUACAUAUUCCUUCAAACGUUUGCCAUUCCAGGUUCAUUAUUUCUUUCAAUUUUACUUGGAUUCUUAUACCAGUUCCCGAUUGCGCUGUUACUAAUUUGUUUCUGCUCUUCGUUGGGUGCGACACUGUGCUAUUGUCUUUCGAAUCUUGUUGGACGCCGUUUAAUACGACACUUUUGGCCAAAAAAAACUAGUGAAUGGUCAAAACACGUAGAAAAACAUCGUGAUAGCCUUUUUAAUUAUAUGCUCUUUCUACGUAUGACACCAAUUCUUCCAAAUUGGUUUAUUAAUUUGGCAUCUCCAGUAAUUGGUGUACCACUUUAUACAUUUGCUUUUGGUACUUUUUGUGGUGUUGCUCCUCCAUCUGUAAUCGCUAUACAGGCAGGCAAAACUUUGCAAAAGAUGACAAGUUCAAGUGAGGCUUUCUCCUGGACAUCUAUGGGUAUAUUGACAUUUUGUGCUUGCUUAUCGCUGCUACCAGGACUACUCAAGAAUAAAUUAAAAAAAAAAUUGGAAUAAAUUUACAUUUAAGAUUGCCAUUUUAAAUUUUGAAAAU